AUGAGGGAUCCGUUCCCCAUCGCCCCGAUCCCGGCUUUGAGCCGGGCGGUGCAGCCCAUCGCCGACAUGUUGCACCUCCCGACUUUGCCGCUGCACAUCCACGAGGUUCUCGGGGCCGCGCUAUUCUAUACAUUCAUUCACAUGGUCAUCUCCCCGUGGAUAUCGAUGAAGUUGUGGUCCGACAGAUAUCCAAUCAACUCGAGGGGCAAAAGAAUGAGCUGGGACUCGCACGUCGUGUCAAUGGUCCAGUCAUGCCUCAUCAACGUCCUUGCGCUUUACGUUCACUUCUAUGACGAGGAGCGGUGGGAAUUCAACUGGGAACAGCGCGUUUGGGGGUACACUGGUGCCUGCGCCAUGAUCCAGAGCCUGGCCGCUGGCUACUUUGUCUGGGACUUGAUAAUUACCGUGCUGCACUUCGAAACCUUUGGAAUUGGUGUCUUGAUGCAUGCCAUCAGUGCACUGACUGUUUAUUCGUUUGGAUACAGACCUGUAUUCAACUACUACGCCACCAACUUCAUCCUCUAUGAGCUUUCCACUCCCUUCCUCAACAUCCACUGGUUCUUCGACAAGUUGGGAAUGACUGGAACAAAGGCUCAGCUGAUCAACGGCAUCUGCCUGAUCUCUGUCUUCUUCUCAUGCCGUUUGAUCUGGGGCAACUGGCAAUCUGCUCUCGUCUACCGCGAUAUGUGGCGUGCUAUAUGGACCAGCGAGAUCCCGGUCAACUCCACCAUCAUCUGUGGGGAUUUUGACGGCAUGAAGGUGGCUGUCAACCCCUCGCCGAUCCCCAUCUGGCUGGUCCUCGCCUAUUUCGCCAGCAACCUGACCUUGAACAUGCUGAACGUAUUCUGGCUGUUCAAGAUGAUCAGUGCCGUGAAGAAGCGAUUCACGCCGGCGAAGGAGGACCCAGCCGCCAUCAAGGAAAAGCCGGUUCCUGCCUCGUCCGAAUCAGGAGUGACAAGUGGUCUGCAGCAGACUGCCGAUGCACUCAGAAAGAGGAAUUUGCCCGAGGUGCUUCCCGUUAUCGAUGACGACCUCGGUGACAUGACUUAA